AUGGAAUUCCCACUACACAGUGAAGUUAUACUUAACACUGGUCUUGAAGCCGUGGAAAACUGUUUAAAAGCGGGAGAAGAUCCUAACAAGAGAGAUGAUUAUGGCAGCGCACCUCUGCACUGCAUUAAUUUUUACGACGACGAGGCCUACAGAAUGGUACAGCUUCUCCUAAACUAUGGCGCGGAUAUGUUCAGUAGAGACGGCCUAGGAAGACUGCCAUUUCAACAUGCUUUAGAGCAUGCUAAUAAAAAAGCAUGCCAAACUUUCGUAGACAGGGGAUUUUCCCUGCAAAAGCCCGAUCGUAUGCGAAAUGGAACCUACGAACUGCUUCAUAGUUUGGAGCUGUUUCAAUCAGAUGCUGUUGAGGUUCUUCAAGUCCUUGUAGAUCUUGGAGUCGAUUUAUCUGCUACACUAUCCUCAACGGGUGAAACCCUCCUGCAUAAGGCGGUCGAAACAGGGGCUUCUUUAGAGACCGUGCAGUUUCUGAUCUCAACAGGAAUAUCGGUGAACAGCAGUAACUCUUUAGGAAUGACACCUUUGCAUAUGUUGAGAUAUCUAGACUGCAGCAACCCAACAGAUAAAUAUGACGAGGAGAAAUCGCGGCAUUCAAAAUUAGUGAAACUCUUUGUGAUGGAAGGUCAUAAAAUCAACAGUCAAGACAUCUUUGGUCGAGCUCUCGUACAUUAUGUGAUAUCCGAAAUGCGACAGAGCUCUCUCUUGCAGUUCCUUGUUAGGCAUGGGGCUGACUUAGGCAUCAAAGACAGAAAUGGUGUUACCCCAUUACACUUGGCGUGCUCCUGGGACAAUACAGCAAAUUUAAGGGAGCUAAUCGGGAAUGGCUGUGUGGUUGAUAUCGAGGACAAGAAUGGAGCAACAGUUCUUCACUACGCAGUUUUCUACAACAAUGCCAUUGCACUGAAAUGUUUAUUGAGUCGAUGUGAAUCUUGUUUAGUGUCAAAGCCAGAUAAUUCUGGGAAAACCCCAAUCCACUGGGCAAGGUACUUUGGAUAUGUACAACUAAUCGAUAUUUUGGAAGAUUAUUUUUUGUGUUUGGACAAUGGUUUUCAACGCGGAGAACUACCUGAUUUGUUUCCACUCAAAGAUGAAUUCAAUGACAUCAAAAAGCAAGAGGAUGUCGAAAAGAUGCAGUCAAAGGACUUCUCUCUAAAUGGACACCCAAACAGAACUCUGAAAAAACUAUUGACUUCACCAGUCAUUGGCAGACUACAAGUAAUUCCAGAGAGCCAAGAAAUUAAAUUUGCAGUGAAUAAAGUUAUUCAGCAGGUGGCAGGAAUUGUUUCAAAAGCUUAUCCCCUGUUUACGUUUGUCCCUGAGAUCUCUGGUAGUGUCAGUGAAGGCACCAAGUGUGGAUUUCCUGAUGAAUUUGACUUCUUAUGUACAAUGGUGAAACUUGGGAAGCAUUUCCAGGAGCCAAACAUGGAAUCCAGUCCCCCAAUGUUUUGUCAACUGCAACUGAAACCUGAUUUGCGCCUGUCAGCUUCUCAUGAGAUUAUGCAAUAUGUGGAUGAAAACAACAGUUUAAGGAGUGCAAAGUUGAUCAAUGACUUCAGUGGUCAUUUAAACCAUGCCUUUUUUGAGGAGGAAAUCUGGAAUGGUCUCCCCUCUCUAGCACCAGUUAGUGUCUGUGUAAUGGGUGCAAAUGCUACAAAAAUUACUCUCAAGUGGUCAGGUCAAGUUUACAGAGAUCUGCUGAUCAGUGUUGAUCUUGUCCCUGCAGUACACUUCCCCUUGUUUUGGCCUCCAAAUAUUUGUGAAACCCCUUUGUUGCAUCCCAAAUUGAAAGAAAAAGGUGUUCACGUUGUGAUGGCCCUACAUGGUGAAUGUUUUUUCAAACAUGGAGAAAAGCACUUUCGUCUCUCUUUUUCUACAGCAGAAACUGCAAUAUUCCAGGCUCUUCCAGAGCAUGUACAUUCCAGUUACAUUCUAGCAAAGGCUGUGAGAAGUACUUAUGUGUGUUCAAAAAUUGCACCAGGAAUUCAAACCACUCAAGAGCUACCAAGCAGUUCUGAUGAAGAAAGAAAUAAUGAAAGUGAUACUGAACAAUCAUCACACAAAGAAACUGAGGUAGCAGUAAAUCUGCCAGAAGAUAACAAUGUCUGGGCAGAUAAAGUUAUCUCUAGUUACUUCUUGAAAAAUGCACUUUAUCUGCUAGUUGAUAAAUCUUGCCAGAAAGAAAUUGACCUUGAUAUACAGAACACUUCAGAAGACCAGGUGAUUGCCUGGGGGGAGGCUAUCUAUGACUUCCUUGAUGAUUGUCUUCAGCAAGGAAAUCUGCCAUCUUUCUUUAUGCCAAACCUAAACUUGCUUGAAAAGAAUUAUGAUUCAGAACAGCAUGAGAGAGUAUUUUAUGGUGGACUGGAAUUCCAUCCAAUGGAUGAAGAUCUGAUGCAAGAUCUAGAUGAUGCACUGGAAGGAACAAGGGAGGAUGUGGAACAUUUGAGAAAACCCUUUAUCAAAAUGUUAAAGGGGAUUAUUCAUUCCAGUUGGUAG